GAGCCGGUCGGGGACCGCAUGGGGCACACUGCUGUUCAUCUUCACUCAAAGGAACCGAGGCAUGGACAGGCCUAAACUGCAGCGCCGAGGUUGGAGUCGGGGCCAGCUCCGAGCGCAGCCUGCAUCAGCCCGGGUGUGCGGGAGUGCGCGUGCGUGCUGCGGCGGCUCCCACAGCCUACCCCAGGCUCCUUGCGGGAGGGGACAUGGCACUGGCUUAGAGAUGGUCAGGAAAGAUGUCAGGGGCGGAGAAAGCCAGAUUAGUUGGAGUUGUGGUUGAGAAGCGUUCUAUGACUAAGUAAGUAGAUAAGGUGCCCGUAGGCAGGGGUGAAGGCCCGGGAAGAGGGCAUUGAGCCACGGAGUGCAAGAGUGCCGGAUGUCAGCCCCUGGCCAGCCCAGUCUGCGAGCUGUGUAGUGAACCUACCACGGACACCUUCUGGUCUUUCAAGAGAAGUCAGGAAAAUCUAAAUUGUCUGCCGAGAUGCCCAUCGAGGUAGAUGACGUCAUGAAGCUUCUGUGUUCCAUUUCCCGCGAGAGAAAAAUGAAGGCGGCCGUCAAGCACUCUGGGAGGGGUGCCUUGGUUGCGGGGACAGUGGCCUUCGUCGGUGGUUUGGUUGGUGGCCCGCCAGGAAUUGCUCUUGGGGGGACUGUUGGGGGCCUGUUGGGGGCCUGGAUGACGAGUGGACAGUAUAAGCCGGUUCCUCAGAUCUUAAUGGAGCUGCCCCCUGCCGAACAGCAGAAACUUGUUAACGAAGCCACGGCCAUCAUCAGGAACUUGGACUGGACAGAUGCUAUCCAGCUCACUGCUCUGGUCAUGAGCAACCAGGCCAUGCAGCAGAAGCUCUUGGCCAUGCUAGCCACCUAUGUCACCAAGGAGCUGCAGGCCGAGAUCCGCUAUGAUGAUUAGGUCACUCCCCGUGGGGGAUGGGCUUGCAUUUGGAUGAUUCUAUGACUCCCAGAAGGUGACCUGGGAAUGGGGGGUGCCUGGCAGGUACCUUGAGAAACCUGCACGCCAUCAGCAUUGACUGUAAGCUGGAGUACAUCCUGUUGGACUGUCCCCUGCUGGGAGUACAUCCUGUUGGGCUGUCCUUCGCUGGAGAGGCUUCAGCCGUGCAUUGUGGGCUCUGUGUGCUAUGGAAAGGUCUGGGCUGUUGGCAUCCACAGACAGCUUAGGAGUCCUCCUGAUCCUGUGGGUCUAAAAGAAGUUCUCAGGUUGGCUGGCCAACUGUGCCGGGUGCUCCUCUUCCUGUGAAAGCACCUCUAGGUACCUGUGACAGGAUCGGAGGGUCUUGGGGGGGUUCAGAGCCAGCUCUUGCCAGGCUUGUGCUUACCUGCUGAGUGGUCCCCUUCUUUGCCCAGGGACUUCCCAGUGGUCUCACGAUGACAGUGGUCCCUACUUUGAGUGAAGCCACAAAUGCCAGGCAGUCCCCACACUCUAUGCACCAGGCUCUCUUGAGUAACUUUGGUUAAACUUCUAAAGUCUUUUGCCUUAUUAUGGAAAAUCAUGGCAGUUAUUUAUCUUUUAUUUUAUUUUGAUUUUUUGAGACAGGGUUUCUCUGUAGCUUUGGAGCCUGUCCUGGAACUAACUCUUGUAGACCAGGCUG